CUUAUUUUGGGAAUUGGAGAUGCCUGCAAACUUUGAGAGUGCUUACCAAAUAUGAUAAAAUACCAAAUUCAAUGUGCAAGUUGGAACAGUUGAGGCAUCUAUAUUUUUUAAAUCAUUCUACUGGCGUAGGAAUUGGUGAAUUCUUGAGGUCAACUAAGUCUAGAAAUUUAUUACAGACAUUGGUAGGUAUUCAUUCCAAGCAUCUUGUUCUGAGUGAUUUGCUACAGCUGAAGAAUCUCAAGAAAUUAGCAAUUGAUGUGGAUGGAAAUUUUGACUCAUUCUUACACAAUCCCCAAACUCUCAUCACAUUCACUCGUCUUUUGUCUUUACGAGUAAUAGCUUAUGGUAAUAACGUCAAGAUAGAUAUUGUUCCUUUGAUUUUACGCUGUCCUCAAAUUUAUAAGCUUACACUGAGGUUGCCUAUAGUAAGAUUACCACAAGUCAACCAAAUCUCUCCAAAUCUUAUCAAGUUAACGUUGUGUUUUCUCAGACUUCAGGAUGAUCCAAUGCCAACAUUAGAAAAGCUACCAAAAUUAAGAGUCCUUGUCAUUGGUAGUGAUAGCUUUAUGGGGGAUGAGAUGGUGUGCUCAAGAGGAGGUUUCGAUCGACUUGAAUCUCUUGAGCUUAUUGUUCUACGAGGCUUAAAAGAGUGGAAGGUGGAGGAGAGUGCAUUGUCUAGACUUGGGCAUUUGCGUAUUUUGGGAUGCAGGGGAUUGAGGAGAGUUCCAGAUGGAUUAAGAAGCAUUUCUACACUCCAUGAUAUGCUGAUACGUCAAAUGCCUAAGAAAUUCAAAAAAAGGAUGGAAGAAGGAGGAGAGGAUUUCGAUAAAGUCAACCACGUCACAUCUCGUGUAUUUAUCGAAUGUAAUGAAGAUUAUGCGUCUGACUAUAGAUGAAUAUAAGUGGGGGUAUCGUCUUUGCACUAUACAAUCAAAUCAACAUUUGGAGGAUUUGUUUACCAGUGUGUUGAAUAAUGUUUGAUUCUGUGUAUUUUCUCCUAGCAAAACUAAUUGUUGAAUAAGAUUGGCUUAUGAUUGUUUUAGCGAAGGGUCAUUGGAUAUUCUUGUGGAUUAUGGAGUUGAUGCUUUAGCUGAUAAUGAGAGGCUUGAGAUGUAUGUAGUGAUAGUUUCCAUGUGGUGUGUUCAAGAAAAUCCAUUUCUUAGACCAAAUAUGAGAAGGGUUGUUCAGAUACUUGAAACUCCAUUAUCUUUUUCAAAUUUUUUGCAAAGGCUGGUAUUAGUUUGUGGUGUACUUUGUUUCUAAUUAUAUAUAGUUGAUCA